CUGGAUACCGUUCAAUUAGUCCUCAAAUGUCUCAUCAAUCUGUGUUCCACGACGGCGCGCAAUCAGCUUUUAUUCGACACAUUUGAAAAAGAUCAGGCGCGAUCGGACUUUGUGAAACAAAUCGCCAAUCUUUGGCUGUCGUGCCCCAAUGCGGACGAGGAAAUUAGUCGUCUUGCACUGAGUUUACUCUGCAACCUCACCCGCGAUCCAUGCUGGUCAUCCAUGGCGAUUCAGGAGGAUCCGAAAACACUAUUGGAUUGCAUUUUUCGCACAGAUGAAAUGCUUACUAGUUCGUUACCAUUCCUUCUUAAUCUGACCAGCCAACGAGAAAUUCGAAAACGUAUCAGCAUCACGGCCCAGUCACGUACUCAUCUGAUCAGCCUGCUUUUAUCUCCGACGGUCGGUGUAAACCAAGCGCUACUGGUCACCGGAAUUUUGAAGAACUGUUUUUUUGAUGAUGAUUAUCAUCUUUUAUGGCUUGCACCUCAGUCCCAACUCCUCGACGGUUUGUUAAGACCACUCUGUGGUCCGCAGGACGACAUUGAUGACGAGGAUCGACAGAAAUUGCCACCGGGAUUGCGACAAGUUGCCGGCUCUAAACAAGCCAAGCGGACGGAGUCAAAUGAUUUGAAACAAACCAUUUGUGAAGCACUGUUACAGCUGUGCGCGACAAGUGAAGGAAGAACUCGCCUACGGGAUUGUGGAACGUAUUUUGUGUUGCGUGAACUUCACAAGUUUGAAAACUCCAAACUGUCCGAUAGAGACGAGGAUGUCGACACGAACAAAGCUUCGGACCGAUCCCGAACAAAUGAGAUAGUGUAUCACAUUGAACAAGUCGUGGAUCAGCUGAUUUGCAAAGAAGAAGAACGUGAUCGAUAUUCCGUGGAGAACAGUUUGCGUAACAUCGAUGUAGAUGCGGAAACGUCGGCCAAAUUGGACCGGGCAAAACAGGAAUUUAUAAGCACGUGUUAA